CCAGGAGAAACCCAACGGAGUAUGAUCUCAGCUUACUUAAGUAAUGGCUGUGCACCCGCAAAAUCGAUUCAACCAAAGACAGCCAGCAGGUGGCUGGAAGGCAUAAUGCACGAUCCAGAGAUCAGCACAAACAAGUUCAAGUCGCAUUCUUUGUGGUCCGCAGCAAACACGAAAGAAGUGUCUUUAGGUGUCCCGAUAGAACGAGUAAAGCUGCACGCGAACUGGAGUUUGACAAACAACACCUUCGAAGACUAUUACUACCGGCCAAGAAAUCGGCACAAACGUGGAUCCGACAUAGCCAACAUUGUGUUUGGAGAAGUUACCAAGAACAUAACCACGUCCGAGGUCAGGGUGGAGGCAAUGGCAAUUGUGGGUCGUGCCUACCAUAAUGGUUAUGUUGCCGAAACGAAGACUAAGGAUGCGGUGGUUCCCCUCCCAUGGUACAGGAGACUCUUUUGAAGCUCAUCCCUGCCACCAGUUCUCCAAGCUACAGCAAAUUCACUGCUAGAAAGAUGUAAAGAGAACAAU